CGCAACUCGUGGCGGCGACAAGCUUUGAGGACGAACGGGAAGGAUAUAUGCCUCACCGUCAAUAAAUCCACUUUUCCUUUAUAAAUAACUGAAAUGCCUACGGAUCACGACAAGGACGUGUACCCGGAGCCGCCGAGGCGCACCCCGGUGGUAGACAAGCAGACGAACUUGCCGAACCCGGCGCUCAUCGUCACCAAACUCUUCUAUUAUGGGGUGGACUGGCCUGUCACCACGUUUAGGGAUAUUAUCGAGUACCUGCACCAACGCAACAAAUUCUACUACUACCACCAGCGGUUCCGGCGUGUCCCCGACCUCACCGAGUGCAAGCUGGGAGACUACCUGUGCUACUACGAGGCCGAUAUGCAGUGGAGGAGAGACCAUAAAGUGGACCAGGAGAUUGUGAAAAUAAUCCAGGAGCGAAUGCGUGCAUGCCAGCAGCGAGAGGGCAACAGCUAUGAGCAGAACUGUGCCAAGGAGCUGCAGCAGUUUGCCCAGGUGGCCAAGGCAUACCAGUCACGUUAUGGGGACCUUGGAGUCCAUGGUAGCGCUCGCAAAUGCCUCAUGAAGCAGAAACAUCGCAUGCUGGAGCAGCAGAAACAGACAGCCUGAGAAUCAUCCAGGAGCUGUCUCGCUACCUCCAGCUUUUGUGUCGUGUAUGAAACUGUAAAAUAAAAGGGUUUGUGGCUAA